UGCUGCACUUCACCCAGGCCUCUCCGCCACAACAACGCCCUUCCGUCAGAUUUGGAGCCACCUGAAUUUGAUCCAGAAGCAUGCAGGGGAACGAGAACAAGCUGAGCAGGAAGUCCCUGACGCUGGCCCUGAAGCACUACGGCACGGCCGUGCGCAACAUGGAACAGACCGUGCUGCUGCCCAGUCUGCUGAGAGACGUUCCCGCCGAUGACAGCCUGGACGGUCAGGCUGCAGAGAGCAGCAGAGACCUGUAUGACUGCUAUCACCUGCUGAAGGCCAUCAGGAACGCAGUGGAGAGCGGCCUUGUCUCCGCCGACGACAGCAAUGCUAAGGAGCACGUGGCCCUGCGCAGAAGCCUGGAGGCCCUGCCAAACAUGGACCCAGAGGCAUUCUUUCAUUUCCACCUGCGAGGGCUGUUCUCCCUCAUGAGCAGCCUGACAAAGAAGUCCCAGGACCUGACAGAUAAAUACCUGAAUAUUGUGGGCAUUGGGAAUUAGAUCACACCUUGAAUAACAAGUCUUUGUUAUAAAGUGACCACCUGCCUAUCACAACAUCUAAGGUCUACUUCGGCACAUCUUACACAACCUGGUGAAAAUAAUGUCAUGGGCAAUAAAAUUACAGUUGUCUUACAUAACAGCAUUCCCAUUUCCGUGAAUAUGAAACAUUGUUAAAACUUAAUAUAAAUACAGAAAUAAAUAAAAUACAAAAAACCUAUUG